AGCGGGGCCGGGCCCGGCGCGGGAGCGGGGCCAUGGCGGGCGAGGCGGAGUGGGCGGCCGCCCGCCUCAAGUUCGGCGCGUCGCUGUCCCUGUCGCAGGUGGAGUCGCGGCGGGACCCGGAGAACGACCCUUACCGCUCCAAGUACCGCGCCCGGGAGCUGCUGGAGGAAGUCAAGGCGCUGCUGGGCCCGCGCGACGACGACGAGGAGGACGAGGAGGACGAGGAGGACGACGACGACCGCCCCCCCCAGGACCGCCCCCGCCAUCAUGGCGGCCGCGACGACGGGCUCCCUGACGAGACCCCCGAGCCUCCCCCUCGCCGCCGCCCCGGCCCCGGCCCCGGCCUGCUGCGGGCGGCGCGCCUGGCGGCCGUGGAGUACCAGCUGGGCCUCAACCACACCGACACGGAGGAGCCGGCGGCCGGCGAGGAGCAUCUCCUCCGCUGUCUCCGUCUGCUGCGCCCGCACCGCCUGCGCCCGCCCUGCGUGGCCCUCGUCAUCCAGGCCCAGAACAACCUGGGAAUCCUUUGGUCUGAAAGAAGCGAAAUUGAAACGGCCCAGACCUACCUAGAAUCAGCCGAGGCGUUAUACAACCAAUACAUGAAAGAGAUCGGAAACCCUCCCCUUGAUCCCUGUGAGCACUUUCUGCCCGAAGAAGAGAAGCUUUCCGAACAGGAGAGAUCGAAAAGAUUUGAGAAGGCCUACACCCAUACCCUGUACUACCUAGCCCAGGUCUACCAGCACUUGAAUAUGACCGAGAAGGCCGCGCAGUAUUGUCACACCACCCUGAAGCGCCAGCUCGAGUUCGAUGGCUACCAUCCGGUGGAGUGGGCUAUCAAUGCGGCUACUUUAUCGCAGUAUUAUCUCAACGAGCAAUGCUUUAUGGAGUCCAGGCACUGCCUGUCAGCUGCCAGUGUCAUCUUUAGUCAAACUGAACAGAUUUCAUCUGCGGAAAGCCCCCAAGCCGAACAAGAUCAGCAGGAUCUUCACCAGAGAAAAGCUGAAAUCGCAAGGUGCUGGAUUAAGUACUGCUUGAAUCUCCUGCAGAACGCUCGGAAAUCUCUAGAGGAUAACAUCGGGGAACUCGAUCCCGAUAAACAGGGCGAGCUUAAGGCCCGAAGGAAAAGCGAAGAGGACGAGAAAGAGAACGGCAGGAAGAAAGCCGUCCUGUUCGGAACCAGUGACAUGCGUGACUCUAUUUUGGCCCUGGAAGAGAAAGUGAGCUGCACGAGCCCUUUAGAUUUCCAAGAAGCCCGGGAGGUGUUUUUAGUGGGUCAGAACUACGUCUCGGAGGCGAAAGAGUACUUCCAGGUCGACGGGCACGUGACCGAUCACAUCGAAAUCGUCCAGGACCACAGCGCCUUAUUUAAGGCGCUGGCGUUCUUCGAAGACGACUACGAGCGGCGGUGCAAGAUGCACAAGCGUAGAAUCGACAUGCUGGAGCCCCUCAGCGCCGACCUGAACCCCCAGUAUUACCUCCUGAUCAACAGGCAGCUUCAGUUCGAGCUGGCCGAGACCUUCUACGAGAUGAUGGAUCUGAAAGUGGCGCUGGCCAACAAGCUGGAGGAGCUGGACCCCCACACGGUGAAGAAGAUCAAUUCCCUCGCCCAGGCGGCCAUCAAGUACUACCGGCUCUUCCUCGACUCCCUGAGGGGCCCCGACCGGGCUUUCCCCGAGCAGCUGGAGGAGGACGUCCUCCGCCCCGCCAUGGUGGCCAAGUUCCACAUCGCCCGCCUCUACGGCAAGCUCAUCCCCGGCGAGGGCCGGAAGGAGCUGGAGAACAUGCAGACGUCCCUGGCCUACUACACGGCCCUCGUCGACUACUGCGAGAAGCACCCGGAGGCCGUCCCGGCCGUGGAGACGGAGCUGGAGCUCAGCCGGGAGAUGGUCGGCCUCCUUCCCACCAGGAUGGAGAGACUCAGAGCCAAGCUGACCCCUUUCACCUAAAGUCCCCGUCUGCCCAUGUCGGGAAACGCCCCGCCAUCCCACACCGGCUUUCUUCCUCCCGGCGGGCCCGUUUCCGCCCCGGGGCCGCUUUCCUUUAAGAUGAGCGCAGUUGAACUGGAGGCGGACGCGCCGGGAAGGGUCGUUUACUCCGAGGGACGUAGUGGAUUAAAGUGCACUGACGUACAGUUGGCGCUCGCGCUAAUUUAAAGCAAAUCUUUCCCGCCUUAUUCCCCGGCUCCGUGACUGAGUUUCUAGAACGAGGCUGCAGGGCGGUGUUUGAAGCAUUAUCGGCGAGGAAGGAUUCCGCGGUGGAUGACCAGUGAACAGGGAGACGGUGGUAAAAACUGUGGAACUGGUUUUCUGUUUCUGUUUUCUGCUUUCAAAGACGCCGGAGAUUUUCCGCCUUCCUGUCUACUUAAUUCGCUUGUAAUUCUCCUGAGAACCGGCAUCUCCACCCUAAAAGUCACAUAACCAACCCCCGUAUUUAUUUUGUAUGCUGUAAAGGGACUCGUCUGUCUGAAAAUACGUGUUAGAAAUUUAGUAAUAAAUGGUCUUGCUUGAACACUUA